AUGGUUACAUUAGCUUAUGCAAUUUUUGGUUUGUGUUUUCUAGUAUUCUUUAGCAUAGCUAAUGCUAAAUAUUAUCAUUCACAAUUGAAGUAUUUUAAUGUGAAGGAUUAUGGUGCUGUUGCUGAUGACAAGAGAGAUAAUAGUCAGGCAUUCCUGAGGGCGUGGUACGAUGGUUGUAGGUGGGGAGGAAGGAGUGUGAUUUAUAUUCCAUAUGGAACUUAUAAAUUGAGAGAAGUUUCAUUUGAAGGUCCAUAUAGGCUAGUUGUUAAAGGUGGUGGCUAUUUGGAUGGACAAGGUGCUGCUGCUUGGCCAUAUAAUGAUUGUUCAAAAAACCCAAAAUGCAUGCCUCUUCCUGUGACAAUGAGAUUUGAUUUCGUGACGAAUUCAAGAAUCCAUCAUUUGAGAUCAAUCAACAGCAAGAACUCCCACAUAAACCUGUUUGCCUGUGACAAUGUAAACAUAAGUUAUGUACGAUUAACAGCUCCAGAUGAAAGCCCCAACACGGAUGGCAUUCAUAUAGGAUUAUCAACGAACAUAAAAAUUUCAAGAACCGUGAUUCAGACAGGGGAUGAUUGUAUUGCAAUGGUUACUGGAAGCAGAAACAUCGAGAUCUCGAAUGUUACAUGUGGACCUGGACACGGAAUCAGCAUUGGUAGUCUAGGUAGAACCCCUGGAGAAGUUGUUACAGGGAUAAACGUGCGAAAUUGCACAUUUAUUGGUUCUCAAAAUGGUGCAAGGAUAAAAACUUGGGCACCUUCUUUGUCAAGUGUUGCUUCUGAUAUAUUUUUUGGUGAUAUCUACAUGGAAAAUGUCCAUAAUCCCAUAUUAAUCGAUCAACAAUACUGUCCAACUCCUUCUUGCAGUGAUCAGCUGGGACAGGACAACUCGAAAGUACAAAUAAGCAACGUGACAUUCAGUAACAUAUGGGGUACGUCUAGUUCAAAAGUUGCAGUCACAUUAAAAUGUAGCAAAUUGGUGCCCUGUAAGAAUGUGCAGCUUGAUAAUAUCAACUUGAAAUACCACGGACGAGGAGGACCAGCUACGUCUUCAUGUUUGAACGUGAUUGGUGAUUCGUAUGGAAGACAAUCUCCUCCUAGUUGUUUAUGA